AUGGAGAAAAAGUGGCGUGCACACAUCUUCUCCAGAAGUGUUGAAGUACCACGUGAUGCAGCGCGUAUGCAAUAUGGCGUGGACACAAGCUUCAAGUCUAGACUACAACAAUAUUUCAUCGAAAAUCAGAAAUCAAGUCUCCGGAUCCGACUUUUUAAUGUGUUUAUUAAACUUCUUUCUUGUGUCCUUUAUUGUGUUCGAGUCGUUAACGAUUCCAAGACACUGCCACCAUUCGUGACACCCAAGGAACGACCGGAAGGAGAAAUCAAAUAUGAAUACUUAUUUUGGGUGGAUAGGAAUGAUUAUUUAUGGCUUGCACAAACAAUUGUCGCUUUUAUUAGUAUUUUUGAAACUAUUAUCAUUUUCUACAUAAGCUAUCAGGGAAAUAUCUUUCGCCUUCUUAUUAAUGUUCAUUUCUUGUUGGAGCUUGUUACGAGUUUUCCAUUCGCUAUCACGAUAUUUCAACCAAAACUGCGUCGCUUAUUUGUUCCCGUUUUUCUUAACUGUUGGCUUGCUAAGGGAUCGCUUCAGGCUAUGAUGAAUGAUCUCAAUCGUGGAUCUUUCAUGAAUCAAUCGGCUCUUUUCAGACAACUGCUUUUGUUAUUUGCUAUUAUGCUUUGUUUGAUUUUUACCGGAAUGUGUAGUAUAGAACAUCUACAACGAGGUGGAGAACGACAAUUUGACCUAUUCACUAGCUUCUACUUUGUAAUGGUCACUUUUUCGACUGUUGGCUAUGGUGAUUGGUAUCCUGACACAUGGAUGUCACGACUUUGUGUGGUUUCGUUUAUUUGCGUAGCGUUGGUACUACUUCCGUCGCAGAUAGAAGCCUUAGGUCAAACUUGGUUGGAGCGACAAAAAGCUGGAGGAGAUUACGGUGGUGGUUGGUCACGUAACGAAAAACAUGUCGUAGUCACAGUCACACAUUUGGAAGUGGAAUUUAUACGAGAUUUCCUAGAUGAAUUCUAUGCACAUCCUGAGAAUCAGCGUAUCCAGGUUAUACUACUUUCACCCGCAGAAUUGGACACUCAAACUCGAUUGUUGCUAAAAAUUCCACUAUACCACGAAAGAGUUCAUUAUAUUAGAGGUAGUGCGCUUCGAGAUGAGGAUCUGGAGAGAGCUCGUCUCAGUGCAGCUCAAGCCUGUUUUAUUCUAUCAGCAAGACAUCAAAAUAAGAAAAUUGUAACGGAUGAACACACAAUUCUUCGUUCAUGGGCUGUAAAAGAUUUCGCACCGCACGUGAAACAGUACGUGCAAAUCUUUCGAGCUGAGACAAAGAUGCAUAUUGAACAUGCUGAAGUACUUAUCUGUGAGGAUGAAUUUAAAUACUCUUUACUGGCGAAUAAUUGUAUAUGUCCUGGUAUUUCUACAUUCAUUACACUUUUAAUGCAUACAUCAAGAGGAGAAGAAGGGAAAAAAUCCACGGAACCAUGGCACAAAGUUUAUGGAUUUCACUCCGGUAAUGAGAUCUACAUGAUACGUACGGAAGAUUCGAAGUUUUUUGGGGAAUUUAUUGGGAAAUCAUUCACAUACGCAUCAUUCCAUGCACAUAAAACGUACGGUAUCGGAUUGAUCGGUUUGAAAAGUAGCGAAGCAAACGCAAAGAUUCGUCUCAAUCCAGGAGUUUCUCAUAUUCUCCACGGAUCAGAUAUUCUGUACUAUAUGGGAUUGACAAAUGAGGAAUCAUUGUACGAUUUUCGGAAGGAUCUCAAAGAUCAACGUAGGAAGGCGAACCUGGCUUCAACAAUAGCGAAUAUUGGAACGGUGGCAAUUGAUGUUCCACACAUAGAAGAAGGAAUUAAAAAGCCAAAGCUUAAGAAACGAGGGCUUCUGCAAAAAACAAAGGCAACCGAUGAAGUACGUCUCAUCGAUGUGCCAGUUAAUGGUUCACGACGACCAUCUAUAGCAAUGGUUAUGGAGGGAAAAGAUGAUAGCUCUUCUGAUUCCGACUAUGAGGAAGCAUGCACAAGAUGUAAAGGUCCAUGUAUUCAGCAAAAGAUACAACGAACAUAUCCUCAAGUACGUACAUAUAUUGGAACAUCGAAUACCGUGUGUCAUAUGUUAAAAGAAAAACGACCAUUGUGUUGCUUACAACUGGAUAAGGCAUGUGAACAUUGUCCACACACAUCAGCGUACGAGUACCGUUGGAUGAAUAAACCGAUAAUUUUAGCAGCUGAUAGAACAAGUAGCGGAAUGUACAACCUCAUUAUUCCAUUGAGGGCCUAUUAUCGACCCGUUCAUGAAUUGCAUCCUAUUGUAUUGUUACUGGAAUUAGAGGAAACCGCUAGCCCAAAUCCUGCAUUCCUUGAUGCGAUGUCAUAUUUUCCUUUAAUUUACUGGAUGCAAGGGAAGAUAUCUGUGUUGGAUAAUCUACUUCGUGCUGGUGUUAGUCGAGCUGAACAUGUCGUUGUGGUCAAGGAAACUGCUACCCUGGUUGAAGAACAUUUUGCCGAUUGCAAUACAAUUAUUACUGUACAAAAGAUCCACAGGAUGUUCCCUCGUCUUCGUAUGAUCACGGAACUUACACAUGCGAGUAAUAUGAGAUUUGUACAGUUCGACGCUAAUAGUCCAUACUCGUUAGCUCAAUCCAGAUUUGAAAAAAAAGAGCGUAAGCGUGGAUCACAUAUGCCAUUCAUGUUUCGACUUCCUUUCGCUCAAGGUGGAGUGUUCAGUGCAAAUAUGUUGGACAGACUCCUUUACCAAGCAAUUAUCAAGCCGUACGUAGUGAGUCUUACCCGACUUUUAUUAGGGAUUGAUCAGACCACUGACAGUGGAUAUUUGACAUCAUUUACGGUAACAUCAGAUGAUCUCUGGAUUCAAACAUACGGACGAUUAUAUCAGAAGCUCUGCUCAUCCGUUGCCGAUAUACCUAUAGGAAUAUUCAGAACAAAAAAUAUGGAUUCAAAAACAGUAUCACAAGAUAUGGAAGAAAAAUGCAGAACAAUAGACGUUGCUGAAACGGCAAGAGAAAGAAAGAAGGAUAUGUAUAAUCAUAUAAGAAGUCGUAUGAAAAAUAUGGGAAUGUCAAUGGACGACGAAUUGUUAGAUGAUGGUGGAUUGUUUGACAGGAGUAAUACAAUCUCAUUCGUUAUUAUUAAUCCAGCUUCAGAUUUACAACUAGAGGCAGGAGAUAUAGUUUACGUUAUUCGAAGUCCUGUCAAGGAGGAUGCGAAAAAUCAUCGAAUAAAUCCACGAAGAGGAUUACGACGAGAGAACAACGUUCAGGAAUCGACAAUUGACGAUGCUGCUAGAUAUGUGUCAUCAGCGUCUUCGGUAAACGAUUGCGAUCGCGUGAGCACUGAGGAGGAGGAUGAGGAGGAGGAGGAGGAGGCAAAGAGGAGAGCAAAGCGGCGAAGAGAGCAAAACUCUCGAUACCUACAACCGGUCCAUGGUUGGUUAGCCCUGUCCGCCUACGACAUAUCGACUAUCCGUCAGCCAAGCACGAUGGGAGAAGAGGAUUACCGUGAAGACGAAACCCGACCACGCAAGAGAUGGACGUUGGAACAGCUGAAAAGCGGGAAUACGUUCCUAUCGAUGCAAGCUGCUACGAACAAGUUCGACUCCCAGAGUGGAAUGACAGCACCUGGAAUGCCACGUUGGAAUAUCGUUCGUGAUAAGCAACUAGGAUACAUUGAACCUGAUCGACGUUCGGAAAAUGUGCUACGAGUACAAUGUGGAACGAACCAGUACGCGUCUCAAAAAGGAGAGACUCCAAUCGGAGCAAGUCGCUUCCAGGUGCCGAAAGUCACCUAUAAAAAGGAUUGGGAAACCAUUCUGGAUAAGGAAGGUGAGAAGAUCAUCCCGAAACAAGCUGGUGACUAUGGUUUAGCCACUCAAUCGGGAGAGGUUUCAAUGGGUGCUCAUCGUAAUCAGGUGCCGAACGUACGCGGACGUCUUCCACAUGAUCGUCGAACACAUGGAGUUCUUGUUUUCCAAAAUGGAACGAACAUCUUCGCUUCACAAACGGGAAUGGCUGCUCCGCCAGGAAUUGGUGCCGUUAGACAAGCUACCCAGCGAAUUGAAGGCUUGGAUAUGACAGAAGAUCAACAACGUCGUGGUACAGAAUUCACUCCAUGGUAUUCUGGACAAAACAAAUUUGCAACGCAAGCCGGUAGUGGAGGUUUCCUGAAAGUCCGCGACGUUCUUCCACAUACUGUGGGCGGUAAGGAAAUCGAGGAAACACUGAAGCAGAAAUCCGAGGGUAUCGUUCCUCUUCAGUCUGGUACCAACAAAUUAGCAUCUCAAAGAGGAAUGACUGGAUUUGGAACACCAAGAAACACCAUGCUGAAGUCGGGAUGGAAGAAAGAAUGGAUCGAGGAAUACGAAUUGGCGCUUAAAGAAUGGGAAGAAACGAAACCACCAGGAAGUGCAUCAAGUGCUGAUCCAUUUGGACAUUACAAAAAGAAGUUCGAAGAAAGAGAGUCAUCGCGUCAAUCUGAGAUUGACGCUCAAUCAGUGAAGGCAGGCGAAAAAGAGGCUCAAGAAAACGGAAAGGAAGAGGAAGAGGAAGAGGAAGAGGAAGCGGCGGAGAAAGAAGAAGAGGAAGAGGAGGAGGAGGAAGAAGAGGAGGAAGAAGAGGAAGAAGAAGAGGAGGAAGAGGAAGAGGAAGAGGAGGAAGAAGAGUAG